UCUCCCGCCCGGGGCCCCGCGGGCAGCCCCCUGCCGCCGCGCCAUGUCCGCCGGCUGGUUCCGGCGCCGCUUCCUGCCGGGGGGUCCGCUCCCCGCGCCGCGGCCGCCCCGACCGCGCGCCAGCCCCGUGCCCUACCGGCGGCCCCGCUUCCUGCGCGGCUCGGGCUCGGGCCCCGGCUCCGCCGACGCCCCGCGCCGCCCGGACGCCCGGCCCGUGCGCAGCCCUGCGCGGGGCCGCGCGCUGCCCUGGAACGCAGGCUACGCCGAGAUCAUCAACGCAGAGAAAUCGGAGUUCAAUGAGGAUCAGGCAGCCUGUGGGCAGCUGUGCAUACGGAGAUGUGAGUUCGGGGCCGAAGAGGACCAGGAGUGGCUGACCUUGUGCCCAGAGGAGUUCCUGACAGGUCAUUACUGGGCACUGUUUGAUGGGCACGGUGGUCCAGCUGCAGCCAUUCUGGCUGCCAACACCCUGCACUCCUGCCUGCGCCGGCAGCUGGAGGCCGUGGUAGAGGGCAUGGUGGCCCUUCAGCCCCCCAUGCACCUCAGCGGCCGUUGCGUCUGCCCCAGUGACCCCCAGUUUGUGGAAGAAAAGGGCAUUAGGGCAGAAGACUUGGUGAUCGGGGCUCUGGAGAAUGCCUUCCAGGAAUGUGAUGAGGUGAUCGGGCGGGAGCUGGAGGCCUCAGGCCAGGUGGGCGGCUGCACGGCCCUGGUGGCUGUGUUCCUGCAGGGAAAGCUGUAUGUGGCCAACGCUGGGGAUAGCAGGGCCAUAUUGGUACGGAAAGAUGAGGUGCGGCCCCUGAGUUCCGAGUUCACCCCAGAGACUGAGCGGCAGCGGAUCCAGCAGCUGGCCUUUGUCUACCCUGAGCUUCUGGCUGGUGAGUUCACCCGGCUGGAGUUCCCCCGGCGACUGAAGGGGGAUGACUUGGGGCAGAAAGUUUUGUUCCGGGACCACCACAUGAGAGGCUGGAGCUACAAGUGCGUGGAGAAGUCGGAUCUCAAGUACCCACUGAUCCAUGGGCAGGGUAGGCAGGCUCGGUUACUGGGAACACUGGCCGUCUCCCGGGGCCUGGGAGACCAUCAGCUCAGAGUCCUGGACACAAACAUUCAGCUCAAGCCCUUCUUGCUCUCUGUCCCCCAGGUGACUGUACUGGAUGUGGACCAGCUGGAGCUGCAGGAGGAGGAUGUGGUUGUCAUGGCAACCGACGGGCUCUGGGAUGUCCUGUCCAAUGAGCAGGUGGCACGGCUAGUACGGAGCUUCCUCCCUGGCAACCAAGAGGACCCACACAGGUUCUCGGAGCUGGCCAAAAUGCUGAUACACAGCACACAAGGGAAGGACGACGGUCCCACAGGGGAAGGGCAGGUGUCCUACGACGACAUCUCGGUGUUCGUGAUUCCUUUGCACAGCCAGGGCCAAAGGAGCAGUGGCCACUGAGGAUUCAGACACCAUAUCCCAGAACCACUCUGGGGCCGGGUGUAGUCCCCAUCCCCCCACCAUGGCCAACAGCAGGCUUACCUGCCCUGCCCUGCCCCAGACACAAUGGGUUGACCCCACCCCCACCCCCAGCCCAUUUCAAAGAGAACAUUUAUAUGGGGCAGUCAAAGCUGGAAGAGUAUGGAGAGUGCCGCUCCCCAGGUCCCCCCUUUGACAGGCAGGGCAAAAGUGCAAAAUCAGUAACACCCCUUUACAGUGUAGGAAACCCAAGUGGGGUUCCUCUGACAGGGUCUCAGCAGCCCAGUAUUAUUCACAGAUGGGCACAGCCAGACUAAGGGCAUUGGUCAAGAUUGCCGGGAGGGGCAGUAAAGCAAUUUGGAUCCAGGUCUCUAACCCAUGAAUGUUAGGGUAUUUACUCAAUAACCCCCAAAGCCCAUGCAGGGUGCCUUAUGGAAAGCUGUGGGUAGCCUAUCUGCUGAACAGCCAUCUUGUAUAGCCCCUUGGGAGAGACCGGACCAGGUUCCUGCCUUACCCCCUUCUGCCGCUGGAGGUGAGGCACAGGCCCUGGGGCUAAAGUUGGGCCGAACAGAAAGCAGCAAGAGGAGCCCCAGAGUUUGCUGAGCAGGGAAUGUCCUCUGACCACUCCUCCCUGGCCCCAGCCCUGCCCUAGGCUAAUGUCCCAACGAUGCCUUUGGUUUUGUUGCUCCCCAUCACCUAUUAUUAAAUGUUUGUGUGCUGAAUGGCCCUUGUGAACCAUGAACUGCUGUAAAGUUUAGCAUUAUAGUACA